AUGGCUCCCGGUUCUCGCCAAUACGAGCUGGUUCUCCUUGGAGCGACCGGUUACACGGGAAAGCUCACAGCCGAGCAUAUUGCCACGAGUCUGCCGACAGAUCUGAAAUGGGCAAUUGCAGGCCGCAAUGAACAGAAGCUGUCUGCAGUCGUGGAAGAGUUGAAGAAGAAGAACCCUGAUAGGCCUUCGCCCGAUAUCGAGGUUUGUGAGAUCAAGAAGGAUGCGUUGGACGCGCUGGCCAAAAAGGCCAUACUUAUUAUUACCACUGUUGGGCCAUUUAUGAAAUUUGGCACGCCUGUUGUGGAAGCCUGUGCGAAUAACGGCACCCACUACAUCGACAGCACUGGUGAGGUGCCUUGGGUUUACGAUAUCAUCAACAAAUACCAUGAUACGGCGAAGGCCAAUGGCGCCGUUAUGAUUCCUCAAUGUGGUGUGGACAGUGUGCCGGCUGAUAUGAUGGCAUACUUGAUUGCUACUCACAUCCGGCGCACUCUCAAUGCAGGCACAUCUGAGGUUCUGAACGUUGCCAAACUGAAGUCCAAGCCCUCUGGUGGCACGCUUCAUACCAUUCUUUCCCUGUUUGACCACUACAGUCUCUCCCAAGUUGCUACCUCCCUGAAGCCAUUUGCGCUUUCGCCAGUCCAGCCACCUGCUUCCAGCACCUCGCCAACGCCUGGUCUCGUAACGAAGAUCCUUGGCAUUAGGCAGGACAAGGAUCUGGGAAUCCUGACAGACUGGGUCCAGGCAGGCGUGGACACCGCGAUCGUCCAAAGGAGCUGGGGUUUGCUUGAUGGCGGAAAGCUGUACGGUCCUAACUUCAGGUUUAGCGAGUGGAUGGCUGCCAGCAGUGCCCUUAUGGGCGUUCUGGUUCAUUUUGGCAUGGCUUUCAGCAUGCUCAUGAUUGCCCUGCCGCCUGUAAGGUUCCUUUUGAAGAAGCUAGUCUUCCAGCCAGGGGAGGGGCCGGAAAUCGAGAGCACAAAGCAAGACCAUGCCCACUACAAGUCUGUGGGCAUCGCCGAUACUCCCAAAGCUGAGCGCGCAGCCGGGACCAUCAAGUUCAAUGGCAGCAUGUACUAUCUUACAGGCCUGGCUCUGGCGGAGGCUGCAAUGGUAAUUUUGCGUGGCGGCGAGACUGAUGCUAAGAAGCUCGGCGGAGGUAUCUUGACACCCGCAACGUUGGGCGAUGAGUACCUGGAGAGGCUGAGGAAAGCCGGCGUCACGGUGGAAGUGAACAUGAUGUGA